AUGCUGUCAAAGUGCAGCACACUUACACAGUUAACAUAGAGCAUGAUGUCUAUCGAUAUUUUUUAACUACAAAGGAAUAUCAUCAAGGGACUCUCAAUACACCAUGCUCAGCUGAAAGGAUUUUAACAAGUUGUCUCUGCCCUAUCAUUGGUGGUAUAUAUUUGGACUCUCAUGGCUGUAGUGUGGACGUCUUGUAUUCUACAGCAUACACCUUUAUUGAUAUCUGGCGGGCGAUACCAGCAACUAAACUACUCGCUGCAUCUAGUUACAAGCUCGGCUUUUAUAGGUACGGUUGAGGAUCUAGAACGUUCCGUAACAUUACAAUAGAUUCUACUUAUAUAUUGAUUCAGGGAUGACUCAGCAUGACACAGCUACUUCUAGAACAUUCUUGAAGGUCACACUACAAUGGCCAGGGAAAGGCUGAUGAUUUUCCUUUAAAGAUGAAAGCUUACCUUGGAAACUCACCAAAGCAUUUCGUUGCGCAAGCAGGGAAACUUCUUCGAGCACCAAAAAAGCCCCUUGAGAUGGUAUCUCUCACAAUUAAUACUAAAGCAUGCAGUGAAGAAUAUCUACCAACUUAA